AUGGAACUCCCGAAGCAGAUGGCGCGGUUACAAGCUAUACCUCCGGAGGAAACCCGUUUAGAAAGGACACCAACUGCUGAAAAUAAGGAUUCCGAACCUUACACGACCGAUCACUUAGCAGCUACCGAAUUGCAGAGAAUCCAAAGAAAAUAUACCGAGCUUAUUCUACCUAAAAUGAAAGGUCACCUCCACGAUACCUUUGUCAAACAUAUCUCUUUUCUAUCUUACUCAUCAGAUCUAUUCGCUUCGGAAAUUCGAGAGCUUCGGAAACUACCACUAGGAGCCAGAGUCAUACUAGUAGAAGAUAUGCUACGGAAUUCGAACGACUGGAUACCUAAGAGCGAUGAAUUGAGAGGCAAUGAUGAUUAUGAUUGGGCUGAAAAUGAAGAUAUUCAAAAAAAGAAAUCGAGAUUGGUACACAUCGCUCAAUCAUUUAUAUCUCUUGUCCCGAAUGUCGACGAAAUGCAUGGAGAUGGUGACCUCACACGCAUUAAAUCUAUAUUCCAGCCAAAAAGCGAAUUAUACCCAGGAAAUUUAUUCUGCGGUAUCUUUGACGUUGUCUUUAAGUGGGCAACAUCAGCUUUUAAUGUAUUGGAAAAGGUGGGAGUCCAUCCGCCUCGUCCGGGAGGAUUUGGAAAAGCUUCCGAAAGAUCGAUAUCCGAAGGAGAUAGCCGUGGGCCCCAGGGCAUUGGAAAAAAUAUUCUCAACACCCGAUAG